GUGCAUGGCAUCCUCUUGGGAUACGAAGUUAGAUACGCAAACGAUGACGGGUCAACAUUAACCUGGAUUAGAAAGAGACGGCGCGCAGAAAUACAACAAGUUUUAUUGGAUGAACUGGCUCCCUACACAUGGUACUGGGUAGUAAUCUGUGCCAGGACAUCUAAAGGUUGUGGAAAAGAAUAUUUCGACUAUGUGCAAACCUGGGAAGAUGUUCCUAGUAUGCCCCCUCUGCAGCUCACGGCCUACAACUUCACAUCCGAAGCAUCCAUUGCUGUCAGCUGGAGUCCAGUCCCUUCAAAUCACAUCAACGGUAUUUUACUAGGUUACUCCCUAAAAUACGAAAGACUUCAAACAUCCGAGAGACAAGUCAUAGACGUAGACGAGCACAUGCUGACUUUGAGGGCAACGGAUCUUUCGGUUUCCCUGCAAGUCCAGGCGUACUCGAUUUACAGAAUAGGAGUGGCAGCCUUUACUCGCAAAGGCAUAGGACCGUAUACUGAAUAUGCUUACGCAGAAUCAUGCCGUUGCCCAAAAGUUCUUUACACAAAUUUUUGGUCAACAUCUCCAUAUCUGAAAGUAAACGUGGAAGACAACGAGAUGGAAGGAAUCUUCAGCAGAAUUGUGACAGAUAUGAUCUUUGCGGCUUGUGGCCUCUGCCCUGGUCACGGUAGCUCUACCAUAAUCAAGAUUACCACCAACGGCAAAGGCGAAUAUUCUGCUAAGAAAAGUAUCUCGGAAGUGCUUGGUGAUAUCGAUGAUGUUCCACAGAUUAGCUUUCCGAUCUACGGAAACAAAGACAUCACACGAUACUUGGGGGCUUAUGCCUAUAUCAACCUGGUGGAGUCCCCAGGGGUGGCAUUUAUUGCUGCAAAGCGCCUUCCAGGGUCCAUGGCCAAGAACAUGAUAAACGCAGUUUUAGAAUGUAUUCCUAUGAUUAUGUUGUCAGCAUGCGUCGGUGAGGGAUUGUGGUGGUCUUUCAUUUCAAUGACAACUGUUGGAUAUGGAGACCGAUCGCCCCGUUCUAUCCUUGCCCGUAUUUUUGGUAUCAUAUGGAUUCUGACUGGACUUGUUGUUAUCUCCAUUCUGAUUGGUGCGAUAGCUUCGUCACUGACAUUUAUUACUGUGGAUAAACCUGUCAAUCUCUAUGGAGCAAAGAUCGGAGCCAUUCAGAAUUCUGUGGAAUAUCACCUUGGAAUUCUGAAGAAUGCCAAAGUGAACGAAGAACGUGAAUACAAUAGCGUCGACGAAAUCCGAACAGCAAUUGAGGAAGGCGAAAUUGACGGUGCUUUGUUAGACACGUAUGUGGCUGCAGAACAUAAAGAAACACUUUUCAAUGACAGAGUGUAUGUCAAAGAGAUCUUAGACAGACCAAUUGGUUACGGAGUGGUUCUUUCUGGAGCAGCUGUGAGCGUGGAGCAAAGAUGCCGAGACUACAUCAAUAUGCACAUAACUGAGAUAUUUCACAUCAUCCAGAACAUGACAAAGACUCUUGACGCGCCAGCUGAAAAUUUUGCAAUGGAACAAAGCACGCGAUUGUUUGACAGCACAUCUGAGAUGUUCCGUAUCGCCAUGGCCUCUCUCCUCGCCGUCCUAGGUGUUGCCCUCUUGGGCGGGCUUUCCUAUCAUUUCUUGAUAUAUCUUCCCCGAAGAAAAAGAAUUAAUGAGGAAAGGACCACUGAGCUACAGUGCAGUUACCGGAAGGCUCUAAAAAGAGAAAUGAUGGCGUUCGUGGAUUCUUUCUACGAGGACAUGUCCAAAAAGAUUUCCUCCAUCAAGAAGGAGCUACAGCAGGAAAUUUUAAAUAAAAAAGCACGACCAAAAAGCACAGUCCAAGUUGAUAGAUCUGCAGAGAGCUCCAAAAGAGACACAGAGAGUAGUCUCUUGGGUAGCUGCUCGACACUUUCGAGUUGGACCAGUGAGACACAGUAUGAAAAGUGUAAGCAGAUUUUCGAACUUGUCUCAAAUAGUGGAAAUAUUCAACUCGAGCGGGGAUCACAACAAGACUUGCAAAAACCCUUCCCAUCUUCCUCUGGAGAAAACUGUUUUUCUCAGACGUUACCUAACGUGGUAAUUUCUGACGACGAUGUAAAAAAUGGAGAUUCGUCUUGUUAAGAGCACGAAAACAAAUUCUAGGGCUACGUUGAAGUAAAAUGAUAUUAGAGAUAAAAUAUUAUUUUGUGUGAAUCCGCCCCGUAUGUUCCAGCCGAAUGAUUGAACACGAGAUCAAACCAAAAGAAAAGAAGCCGCCUAACAUUAAUAAGCAACGCGUCGUUUACUUUUACAAGUGUGGUUUAUGCGAUGGAAACUACGUCGGGUAUACAUACCGACACCUCUAUCAGAGCGUUGAGAAACACAAAGGACCGUCUUCAAUCCGGAAUCACAUUAAAGAGCAACAUGGAGCAGUCCUAAUUGACAUAUGUCGUGAUUUUAACACUCGAGAAAGAUCCAAAGUAGAUUUGAUUGCCUGAUCUACGAAAUGCUCUUUGUAAAGGAACUUAAGCCAACCUUGAAAAAACAGUCUGAUUCAAUCCGUUUUAAUUUGUUUACAUAGUUUAGUAUUUUAUUAUUUUAACACUUACAUUUUAGCGCUAUAUUUUUUUCGUUGGACAUUUUCAUGUCCUAUUUAGUACUUAUAUAGGUAUAUUUCAUUCGCUUUUUCCACAACAUAAUAAUGAUCUCAGUGACACGGAAACGUCGUUUUUUAUCACCAGUUUUCAUUCUGAAGUAAUAAU